AUGGGGAGUGACCCAUGGCGGACGGAUGGGCGUCAUGGAGCUGAGGGUGGUCAUGGGUACCGCCAGGACACGGGAGUAUACCGCUCGCCGGAAGAAGGCUAUCGCCGUCGCGAAGAGAGAAGUCGCGGGCGAGGGCUGGAGGAGUUCUUCUCGGGUCGCCAAGGCAAUCUGGAUGUGGAUGGAGAGGACGAGGCUGACUCGGCGAAUCAAGUGCGGGAAACGAAUCGUGAAGGCGAGACCAAGGGCGAUGACGGAUCCCAAGAGGAAGGCGCAGGCGAGCAGCGCGAGAUGCCCGCUGGAGUCAAGGACGACGAUCCCGCGCAUGCGGGCGUGGCGGCGGAGCCAAGCGCGACGGAGGCGGACGAAAAGGGUGGUACUCGAGACCUGCCACGCGACGGGGAGAAAGGCGACGGCGGGGGGCGUGGCAGUGGCGCGCGCUCUCCGGAUCCGCGUCAGCAGCGUGACAAGGGACGUGGCGGCGGUGCGCGUUCGCCUGAUCCACGCCUGCAUCGUGACGGAGGACGCAGCGGCGGUGCGCGCUCGCCAGAGCCUCCGCUGAAUCGUGAUGGGGGACGCGGCGGUGGCGCGCGCUCGCCAGAUCCGCGGGUGUAUAGGGAGGGGGGGCGUAACGGCGGCAUGCGCUCGCCAGAUCGGCGGCAGACUCGUGAUGGGGAACGCGGUGGCGGCGCGCGCUCGCCAGAUCCACGUCUCCCGUACGAGGACGGGAGGCGCGGAAGCGGCUACCGCUCGCCAGGACGGCAGCCGCUGCAUGCAGAGAGACAUGGAGGCGGCUACCGCUCGCCAGUGCCACGGCAGCACCAGGACGGUGGGCGCAGGGGAAGUGUGCGCUCGCCGGAUCCGCGGAGGUACCACGACUGGAGGAGCGGAGGGGAGCUGCGCUCUCCAGAUCCGCGUUACCCUCGUGAUGAGAGACGCGGGGGCGGCUACCGCUCGCCUGACCCGCAGCGGUAUCAUGGAGAGAGCAUCGGCAACAGAGCAGGGAUGAGGGGCGCGGCGGCGGGCAUCACUCACCUGAGCGGUACUGGCAGCAUGACGGAAGACGUGCUGGUGAGGGAGGACGGGAGCAACGCGACAGCAGAGGGGGAAGCAGCGGGCUGA